AUCACACACUAUACAUACAAAUUGUUCAACACCAAUCUAGAACAAAUCAAUCUUGUUAAUUAAAAGACCACAAGCACAAAAACCUCUAAUCUGUUGAUGAAAAUGAUGGUUAAACAUAAUUAUUCUCCCCAAGCAGUCAAACAGAGAAACCUCAACAAAUCAAAACUUAACAAAGCCUAGAAGAAUCCUCCAUACCUCGGAGAGCGCAGCGAGCCAGAGAUGUCCUUGAUGGGCUACAACACGUUCUCCGGAUCUUGGAAGGCUUCUCGGCAGUGGCUACCGCAGCCAAAGCUUGAAGUAGAGGAGGAGCGGUAACGGAAAAAAGGAUAAGCAAGGGAAUCCGGGAAUGCCGAGAGUUUUUUCCCUUGCCGGCCGAGUAGAGGAGCAGGGGAAUUCGGGAAUGGCGGGAGUCAACGAGAGGCGGAGGCAAGCGAGAGUCGACGGGAGGUGGAGGCCGGAGGUGCAGGCUGAGCAAAGAGUAGGUCUGGGUCUGGGACUGGGAGGGCAGCGGGUCGACGAAGGAGUCACCGAGACUACGAGAGUCGUCGGGAAUGGCGGUGGAGAGGAGCGAGACGGGAAUCGAGUUUGGGAGUCGGCGGCCGUGGGGACGGGAGGAUGGAGGCGCAGUGGAGUCUCGCGAUUCAGGAAGGGAGAGGGAUGGAAUUGGAGGGGCGACGGGGUUUAUGUUUCUAGGAGAUGGGGGUAAUUUGGAAAAUGUUAGGGUCUUAGCUUUUAGGGAUUUAGGGUUACUAAGUGUGGCCGGGUAUACACGGGGCGGGUACCCCCAAACCCGAACCAGCCCCAACCCGCUUAACAAGACACCAGGUUUAAUCCUGAACUCGAUCAACAUGAGUUUUACCCGUUUUGAUCGGAAUAGGUCAUGUUGGGUACCCACGGGUCCGAGUUUCAUUGCCAUCCCUAGAUGGCAAAUUGAAAGGUGCAACAUGUAUGAUUCCUAUAUUUUUCAAUCUCUCAAUUGAAAAUGAUUCUUCAUUUUCAUCUAAUUCAUAAAUGAAGAUAUUGUAAAAUG